GGCGGCGUGGGAGUGCCGGGGGUCCGCGUGGGGCUGCGGCAUGGAGCCGGACGGCCGGGGCGACGCGCGCCGGGCGCUGGGCCGCCUGCUGGAGGCGGUGCUGGCGAGCCGCGGCGAGGCCAACGCCGUGUUCGACAUCCUGGCCGUGCUGCAGUCUGAGGACCAGGAGGAGAUCCAGGACGCGGUGCGCGCAUGCAGCCGCCUUUUUGGGGCCUUGCUGGAGCGGGAAGAGCUGUUUGUGGGACAGCUGCCCCCUGAGGAGACCGUCAUGGCAGGAUCCCAGGGGCCCACACGGAAGUACAAGGUGUGGAUGAGGCAUCGUUACCAGAGCUGCUGCAACCGCCUGGUGGAACUCCUGGCCCACUCCUCGUUCCAGGUCAAGGAGCUGGCCCUCAGUACGCUCAUGAAGUUUGUGCAGCUGGAAGGAAUACACCCCCUGGAGAAACCCAAGUGGGAGGGCAACUACCUGUUUCCCCGCCAGCUCUUCAAGUCGGUGGUGGGAGGCCUGUUGUCCCAGGAGGAGGACCACUCGCUGCUCCUGUCCCAGUUCCGGGAGUACCUGGAACACGACGACAUCCGCUACCACACGAUGCAGGCGGCCGCCGACACCAUGGCCCGGGUCACAAACGGGCACCCUGAGGUGCCCCUCACGUUCUGGAACAACGCCUUCACACUGCUGGCUGCCGUGAGCCUGCCCCACCAGGACAGUGACCUCUCCAGCUUCUACGUGAAGCAUGCGCAGCUGUCAGACAAGUGGAAGGUCACUCAUCUGAAGGAGCACAGGAAGGCCUUCCAGCGGAUGUGGCUUGGCUUCCUCAAGCACAAGCUGCCCCUCAGCCUGUGCAAGAAGGUGCUAGUGGUCAUGCACGACUCCAUCCUGCCGCACCUGGCCCAGCCUAGCCUCAUGAUCGAUUUCCUGACUCGCGCCUAUGACAUUGGGGGUGCUGUCAGCCUCUUGGCCUUGAAUGGGCUUUUCAUCCUGAUUCAUAAGCAUAACCUGGAGUACCCCAACUUCUACCAGAAGCUCUACGGCCUCCUGGAUCCAUCCAUCUUCCAUGUCAAGUACCGGGCUCGCUUCUUCCACCUGGCUGACCUCUUCCUGUCGUCCUCCCACCUGCCCGCCUACCUGGUGGCUGCCUUUGCCAAGCGCCUGUCCCGCCUGGCCCUGACGGCACCCCCCGAGGCCCUGCUCAUGGUCCUGCCCUUCAUAUGCAACCUGCUGCGGAGACACCCGUCCUGUCGUGUCCUCGUGCACCGGCCAAGGGGCCCUGAGCUGGACUCUGACCCCUAUGACCCUGGCGAGGAGGAUCCAGCCAAGAGCCGAGCCCUGGAGAGCUCCCUGUGGGAGCUGCAGGCCCUCCAGCGGCAUUACCACCCCGAGGUGUCCAAGGCCGCCAGUGUCAUCAACCAGCUGCCGUGUCUGCCCGAGGUCAGCAUCGCUCCGCUCCUGGAGCUCACUGCGUUCGAGAUGUUUGAGCGGGACCUGAGGAAGAAGGGGCCUGAGGCCGUGCCGCUGGAGUUCAUCCCUGCACGGGGCCUGCUGGGCCGCCGGGACGACCUCUGCGCCCAGCACUUCACGCUCAGCUGACUCUGGGCACCCCUCCCCCAAAUAAAUGGUUUUGCAGGA